AUGUUUGCCCAGGCAUUCUUUCUCAUCCUUUAGACUCUUUUCGCUUUGGGACUGAUCCUGUCCGCCGUGGUGGCCAUUCCCAUUGAUCCCUAUGGACUUUCGGCUCCUGGCUUAACCUAUGCGGCUCCUAAACUUCUGGCUGCUCCUGCCAUCUCGUAUGCAGCUCCUUCUAUCUCAUAUGCUGCUCCUAAACUCCUGGCUGCUCCUGCCAUCUCAUAUGCUGCUCCCAAACUGCUGGCUGCUCCCGUCGCCGUGGCCAAGGUGGCUGUGGCCGAGCCCUACGAUCCCAAUCCUCAGUACAGUUUCUCGUAUGGAGUAACCGAUCAGCACACCGGGGAUUCCAAGCAGCAGGAGGAAACCCUCGUCAAUGGAGUCGUCCAUGGCAGCUACUCUUUGGCCGAACCCGAUGGCACCAUUCGCAAGGUCACCUAUACUGCUGAUAAGGUCAAUGGAUUCAAUGCCGUCGUGGAGAAGAAGGGAGUGGCUGCUGUGGCGAUUGCCAAGCCAGCGAUUGCCGUUGCCGCCGUUCCUGCGAUCACCAAGAUUGGAUACGCCUCGGCGCCUGCCCUGAGUUACGGUGGUUACCACUAG